AUGGAUUCUCUAACGCGCACAACUAGUGCUGAGAGCACCAGGUCGCGUCAUGGAUCACAUUCGCUUUCUGGCGCCUCGUCGCCCUCGGCCAACCGCAAGGGUCGCUCUGCCGACCCUGGCACCAGCAUGGGGGACGUAGACCGCGCCAGCAUAUCUAUGCCCCCACCGAACCCCAAGCCCGUUGCCCGCCAGCAGCAUGACCGCAGACCCUCCAAAGCCUCCGACAGCCUGGUCGCCGCCUCCCUUAUCCUCGACCAGCAAGACGCCCAGAACUCGUCCGCAAUCGACGAUGACCCAACACCAACCACUGCCAUGUCCCCGUCCGCGGACAAAGAGUCCAACCGCAUGUCUUUUUCGUCGCUCUACUCGCUCGGCUCGCAGAUAUACAACAGCGCCCGCGGCUCCGGCGGUCCCAGCUCUGUUGCGGGCAGUGAGCCGGAUGCAAAGUCUGACGGUCCUUCGCAUGGCGCAACGACGCAGACCUCAUCCUUCUCAGUCACUACUUCGAGUCACAACAACGGUCCUUCGCCAUCACAGCUACUCUCUCCCCGAGACCAGAGUGCUGAUCCCAACUCCGCCCCGGCCCCCGCCGUGAACGGCCAUCCAAUCAAUGCUCAGCCCGCUCCUCUUCUCCAACAUCGCCGCUCGCGUAGCCGGACUACCAAUCCCGCUCGACGAACCAGUCACCAUGGCUCCAGUGUCGCCGGCAGCGGAAGUCCCGCCAGUGAGCGCAGUUAUGCUGCAGGCAAGGAGUACGAGCCCAAAAAACCACCCAUUGGUAUCAUUGGCGUGUGUGCCAUGGACACAAAAGCACGAAGCAAGCCUAGCCGAAAUAUCCUCAACAGGCUCAUUGCCAACCAGGACUUUGAGGUGAUUAUCUUCGGCGACAAGGUUAUCCUGGACGAAGAGGUGGAGAAUUGGCCCAUUUGCGACUUCUUGAUAUCCUUCUUUUCAGAUGGCUUUCCCCUUGACAAAGCCGUCGCCUAUUCCAAGCUCAGGAAGCCGUUCUGUGUUAAUGAUCUGCCCAUGCAGACUGUACUUUGGGACCGUCGUCUGUGCUUGAGGAUCCUAGACAAGCUGAACGUGCCAACUCCAAAGAGAGUAGAGGUCAAUCGUGAUGGUGGUCCCACGCUCCCUUCCGCAGAGUUGGCCAGUAUCAUGUAUGAGAAAACCGGAGUCAAACUGGAAGGUGCACCAGAUGGAACCGGAGGUGGGGUUAAGCCACCGGAAAGUGUUGAAAUGCUGGAAGACAACGACGUCAUCCGCGUGGAUGGCGUCGAGCUUCGGAAGCCCUUCGUCGAGAAGCCGACCAGUGGUGAAGAUCACAAUAUCCACAUCUACUUCCCCAAAAGCGCUGGUGGAGGUGGUCGUCGCCUUUUCAGAAAAGUCAACAACAAGAGCUCGGAGGCGGAUGACAGUCUCGAGGUCCCGCGAGCUAUUACGGAUCCGGACAGCAGCUACAUCUACGAGCAGUUUCUCAGGGUGGAGAAUGCUGAAGAUGUCAAGGCCUAUACGGUUGGCCCCGACUUCUGUCAUGCUGAGACCAGGAAAUCUCCGGUGGUUGAUGGUGUUGUCAAGCGCAACCCCAACGGCAAAGAAAUCCGCUACGUCACUAGUCUGACCAAGGAAGAGGUCGCCAUGGCCGCUAGAAUUGCUCAGGGCUUCGGCCAGCGUGUAUGCGGGUUUGACCUGCUCCGCACCGGUGACAAAAGCUACGUCAUCGACGUGAAUGGUUGGAGUUUCGUCAAGGAUAACAACGAUUACUAUGACAAGUGCGCGAGUAUCCUCAAACAGAUGUUUAUCCAAGAGAAGCAGCGUCGCACUGGGUCUCAGCCUCAGCCCCCUCAACAACCGGCUAGCGAGAGCGACGAAAUACCCCCUCCGGACAAGCCCAGUCACUCAAGGAAAAAUACACACAGUGGCCACAGGGCUCAGCUCAAGUCCAUACUCAAGUCUCCGAGUAUGUCACGAAUUGCGCACCACGUGGCGCAUGGUCACCAUAGUCACGGCUCGGGUUCGCCUGAGCUUUCGUCUACCACCACUCCGAUUACAUCUCCCCCAAGUCUCGAGAAGCCACCGCAGACUUCGUCACCUACACCUGACAUGCUUCCACCUCCGGCUGUUGCAGAUGUUACCUCUCACCCAAAGACGGAGACUGAGGAACAGGCUGCGCCUCCGCCAAAGCCGGCAUCCAAGGCUCAGUGGAAGCUCAAGGGAAUGGUUUCUGUCAUCCGACAUGCUGACAGAACACCAAAACAAAAGAUCAAGUACAGCUUUCACACAAAGCCUUUCAUCGAUCUACUCAAGGGGCACCAGGAAGAAGUUCUCUUGACUGGCGAGGCGGCACUUGAGAGCGUUCAGGACGCAGUCACCAAAGCGUUCGCAGAGGACGAAGAGGAUAAGGACAAGCUCACAAGCUUGAGGAAUGCGUUGAACAAGCGCAUUGGCUGGCCUGGCACCAAGGUCCAGAUCAAGCCCAUGUUCCGCAAGCGCAAGAAGGAGGAAAUGCCACCCGAGUUGCUUGCCGAGAUGCCUUCAGAGAGCGAGACCGAGAAAGCACAAGAACUUCUAAGUGGAGACGACAAGCCUCCUACGGAUCCUGAGAAACUAAAAGAGUGGAGAGAGAAGAGGAGUGACUCACUCUCUGGCAUGACUCUUUCGCGAAUUGCCGCUGCGGAAAACAAUCUGAUCCUUGAUAAGCUCCAGCUGAUCAUCAAGUGGGGCGGUGAGCCCACUCACUCAGCUCGCUACCAAGCUCAUGAUCUUGGCGAAAACCUUAGGAACGACAUGCUUCUUAUGAACCGGGAUGCUCUGGACGACGUCCGUGUCUACAGUAGUUCGGAGCGGCGUUCAACCACGAGCGCUCAGAUUUUCGCGACGACCUUCCUUAAUCAGCAGGAGCUGCCACCGGACUUCAUCGCGGUCAGAAAGGAUCUCCUGGAUGACUCAAACGCUGCCAAGGAUGAGAUGGAUAAGGUCAAGAAAAAGCUUAAGAUCCUCCUCCGGCAAGGCAACAAAGCCCCGCCGCAGUUCGCCUGGCCCGACAACAUGCCGGAGCCAUUCAUCGUCGUUCGCCGCGUUGUUGACCUGAUGAAGUUUCAUCGGAAGGUCAUGCGCCAUAACUUCACUAAGUUGCGUAGCAAUGCAGUGUCGUCUUUGGCUGCUGUUGCGAACGCCGACACGUCGAACGGAGGAGGCUCUGCGGUGGCAAACGUAUCUGCCAACGUCACAAACAUCCAGGCUCGAUGGUGCAGUGGUGAAGAUCCCGAGCUCUUCAGAGAGAGGUGGGAGAAGCUUUUCAAAGAAUUCUGUGAUGAAGAAAAGGUUGAUCCUAGCAAGAUCUCCGAGUUGUACGAUACGAUGAAGUUCGAUGCCCUUCACAACCGACAGUUCCUCGAAUGGGUCUUUACGCCGGAUAGCAGCCUGCUGGAAGAGGACACGCUCGAAGAGACAGCUCUUGGGGCCAGUAACACGGCAAGCGCCAAGUCUACACAGCCUCCCAGUCCCUCAGAGCCUAUGCAUGAUCCGCCGAAAGAGCAUGAUAAGGGAAGUAUAUCCCAGCGUAUCGGCUUCAGACGCCGAUCCGAAGCCGCCUCGGCAUUCAAUAACCGAUCAAAGGAACAGUCGCCUGCGCCAGAAUCGUAUUUCAACCUUUUUGAGGGUGUCGGAAACGGCUCUCUGCCCUCAAAGGUCAAGACCGACGCUCGCCUGGAGCGCCUGCGCGAGCUGUACAAGCUCUGCAAGGUUCUCUUCGACUACAUCGGGCCGCAAGAAUACGGCAUCACGGACGCAGAGAAGCUCGAGAUCGGCCUACUAACGUCGCUGCCGCUACUAAAGGAAAUAGUCAAGGAUCUGGAGGAGGUUCAGGCGUCGGAGGACCCCAAGUCGUUCUUCUACUUUACCAAGGAGUCGCACAUCUACACGCUGCUCAACUGCAUCCUCGAGGGCGGCAUCCAGACCAAGAUCAAGCGCAACGCCAUCCCCGAGCUCGACUACCUCUCGCAGAUCUGCUUCGAGCUCUUCGAGUCGCAGAACUCGACGGGCGCCGACGAGCCGUCCAGCUUCAACUACAGCAUCCGCAUCUCGCUCAGCCCCGGCUGUCACACGUUCGACCCGCUCGACGUCCAGCUCGACUCGAAACACUGCAUCGGCAUCGCCCAGCGCCGCAGCCUGACCAGCCACCACGACUGGAUGCAGGUCAUCGAGACGCUGCGCGACAAGUUCCACACGGUCAAGCUGCCCAAGAGCUUCAUCGCCAUCAACCUGAGCGAGAAGGUGCCGCAGGCUUUCGGCAUGAAGGCGGAGAAGGACGUCGAGGUGGCGGAGAAGGCGGAGGAUGAGCUGGUGGAGAAGCUGGAGGAGAAGCUUGACGAAGCUCAGGAAAAGCCGGAGGAAGCUGAAGAAAAGCCGGAGGAAGCUGAAGAAAAGCCGGAGGAAGCGGAGGAGGCUCUGGAGAAGCAAGAGGCCCUGCCGGAUCAGCAAGAGCCGCAGACGCAACAGACAUAG